AUGAGUUCCCCUUUGAACCCCUCAACCAACAACGCCAACGCACCCGCCCAGGACCCCUCCGUCACUCAGACCAUGAAUGAACAGGAAAAAAAGUUACAGCGCAUGUACGGAAAACUUCCUACUGGACGGGACCUCUUGGGACACAAGCUGAAGGAACGCAAAUAUUUCGAUUCGGGAGACUACGCCUUGUCAAAGGCAGGAAAGACAACGACACCCGUAGGAUCACAACACCCCCAGCCAGAGAACAUCCCACACUCGAACCCAGCAGCACCCAACGCCGGAUCGCCUCCCGUCAAGGAAAGUUCCCUUGUGCACGAGUCUGAUAUCCCUGAGGGCGCCACACCCGAGGUCACCCAGCCCUAG